CUUCCAUCACAUCUCUUCUCUCUCUUCUCUUCUUUCAAUCCUCCGUCUCCUUGUCUUAUCCUCGUCUCCUCCUCGACAUUCAUCAGGUACCUGCGCGCUCUCACUCCAGCGCACUCGGUCCCUCCGUCUUUUGGUUUUGGUUACUUCGCUACAACGCAUAACGGCUUGCAACAUGGCUCUCUCCGCUGCCGAGCUGCAGAAGAGGCACCAGCUUGAGGGUGCCCCCGACCCGUUCCCGUCCCUUGGCGGCAACGCGCCAGCCCCGCCCCGUCCCAAGUCGUCUACUCCCGUCUCGGCCUCUGGUGCGAACGGCCUCGACACGUCUGAGGAUGCGUUCCCCACGCUCGCUCCCUCAGCCGUCAAGGCCGACGGCAAGGCCCGCCCCGCUCUGUCUGCCUGGUCCAAGGCUCCGGCCAUCAAGCCCAGCACCAAGAAGCCCAUGGCGCCCGGUGGCCUUGGUCGUGUUGGCCACGCUACCGCCGGCUCCCACCCGUACACCGAGUCAUUCACCAUCCCCGCCAACGAGCUCGCCACGGGCAAGGCUGUGACGGAGACGAUGAAGAAGGUUCACGACCAGACUGGUGCUGUUGUCGAGUCGUCGACGCAAAUGUCCACCAACCUCAAGCAGUUCCACAUCAAGGCCGCCGACCCGAAGCGUCUCGCGCUCGCCCGCCAGAUCAUCGAGCGCGGCCUUAGCAAGCCUGUCACGCUCGAGGUCGAGGUCCCCAUCUCUACUAUCGGUACUAUCAUCGGCCCCAAGGGUGCCACUCUCAAGGCCAUCACGGACGAGACUGGGACCAAGAUUGAUAUUCCCCGUCGCGACACGCUGCCCGAGUGGGACGCCCGCACCGCCCGCGAGGCCCGCGAGGCCGCCGGCGAGGACUAUGACUCGGAUGACGAGCCCGAGGAGCCUCAUGUUACGAUCACUAUCUCCGGAACGGGCGCGGCGGCCAACGAUGCCAAGCUCAAGCUUCUUGGUCACAUCUCGCACCGCAUCUCGCAGGGUUCCGCUACUGUUAAGAAUAUCCCGUCCAAGUACUACCCGUUCAUCAACGGUCCGCGUGGCGCCAACGCCCGCCGCCUUGAGGAGGAGCUUGGCGAGGGCGAGGUCAAGAUUCAUGUUCCCCCUCCCGCUGUCUGGCGCGCCAUUCAGGAUGACGAGGACGAGGAUGCCACCCCCAAGGAUGUCUCUAUCAAGGUCAAGGGCGACAAGGAGAAGGUCAAGGCCGUCGUCGCAGCCAUCAAUCGCCAGUACGAGGACCUUGUUGGCACUUUAAAGGAGUUCGGCAUUGUCGUUCCCAAGCGUCAGCACCGCUACCUCAUAGGCGAGGCUGCCGACGACAUUCUCGAGAAGACUGGCUGCAUUAUUGACCUCCCGCCUGCAUCGGAUCCCAAUGAGCAGGUGAUGAUGCGUGGGCCCCAGUCUGGUCUUCUCAAGGCCAUUGAGCUUGCCAUGUCCAAGGCCGAGGCCGUUGCCGUCGAGACGGUUGAUGUCGUCGCCAUUUCGCGCGUUAACACCAACGACCCCGUGCCUCACGCCAAGAAAGUUGCUCGUUUCCUCCAGCGUUCCUCGCGCCUCAAGAGCAUCGGCAACAAGUACAGCCAGGUCAAGGUCUAUGCUCCCAAGCACGAGAUCAUGGAGACGGGCAAGGUUGUCAUUGACGUUGUUGGCGAGAACAAGGACGAGGUCACCAAGGCUCGCGACGAUGUUCUCGCCGCUGUGAAGGCAGUUCCCCCUGCUGCCAUUACUACUGUUCACGUCGACCCCGCUGUGCACUCGCUCCUGAUCGGCAAGAAGGGUACCAAGAUUGCCCAGUUUGAGUCUGCCCAUUCCGUCACUACUGUCUUCCCCCCCUCGGACUCGGACGAUGGCGACGUUUCUGUAGUUUACAACGGCGUCGAGCUACCCGCAGACAAGAAGCAGCGCGACGCCAAACUCAAGGAGGCAGUUGGGGCAGCGGCCGCCGCGCUUGAGGAGCUUGCCAAGGGCGCUGCCGAUGUCAAGACCGAGAAUCUCGAUGUGGACAAGAAGUGGCACCGAGCCAUCAUUGGCCAGGGCGGCACUGUUCUGAACGCGCUCAUUGGCGAGGACCAGCUCGUCAACGUCCGCGUCGGCGCCAAGGCUAAGGGCGACGCCGAGGAUGUUGUCGUCGUCCGUGGUCCCUCUUCCGAGGUCGACCGCGUCGUUGCGCAGAUCAAGCAGAUUGUCGAGGAUGCCAAGAACGACGACAUUAUCAACGGCUAUACCGCGGAGUUCGACGUUGACAAGAAGCACGUGCCGCACCUCGUGGGCCAGGCUGGCUCGGCGAUCAACAAGCUCCGCGAGACCCUCGGUGUCAAGGUCAACUUUGAUGACGCCGCCGAGGUUAAAAAGGGCAAGAAGCCAGUUGCGCACUGCAAGAUUGUCGGCCGCAAGGAGGCUGUCAAGGAGGCCAAACGUCGCAUCCAGGCCCAGAUCGAGAAGCUUGAGGACGAGACUACCGAGAUCGUCAAGAUCAAGCGUGAGAUCCAGCCUGCGCUCAUCGGUUCGGGUGGCAAGUACGCUAUCCGUCUCGAGGAGAAAUACGGCGUUAAACUCUCGUUCCCGCGCGACGGCAAGGACCAGAAGCCUGACGAGGUCACCAUUCGCGGUGGCAAGAAGGGUGUAGCCCAGGCCAAGGCUGAGCUUCUCGAGGCUGCGGCCUUCGAGGCUGAGUCGCGCCAGUCGGCGUCGUUCACCGUUCCCCAGAAGGCUGUUGCUUUCAUCGUCGGCAAGUCGGGCGCUACUAUCAACGGCAUCAAGGACGAGACGAACGCGCAGAUCGACAUUGACAAGAGUGCUGGCGAGGAUGGCAAGACUACUGUCACUGUGCGCGGCGACAAGAAGGCCAUCACCGCUGCCAAGGCUGCUGUUCUUGAGCUUGUCAAGGAGUUUGGCGAUGAGAUCAACGUUACUCUGACCAUCGACCCCAAGUACCAUCGUACUUUGAUCGGCCAGGACGGGCAGAAGCUCCGUGACCUCAUCUCGGAGGCUGGCGGCCCCGCCGAGGCGUUCAAGCAGUCUGGCCUCGUAACGUUCCCCAAGCAGGGCGACGACAAGCCCGACCAGGUCCGCCUUCGUGGUGACGCCAAGGUCGUCAAGGCGAUCCAGGCGGCUCUGGAGAAGGAGGUGUCCCAGCUCAAGAGCACCAUCACGCGCGGCGUUGCUGUGCCUGCGGCGCAGCACGCGAGCAAGAUCGGGCGCGGCGGCUCGGCGCUGCAAGACCUGCAGCGGCGUACGGGCGCGACCAUCCACUUCCCCGGCUCGCGCCAGUACAGCUCUGUCGGCGACAUUGACAACAAGGACGAGCUGUCGUGCGACGAGGGCGACAUCGUCAAGGUCAUCGGCACGAAGGAGGCCGUCGCCAAGGCUGCCGAGGUACUUGCGCAGCCCUCGCCUGAGCGCGGUGCGCCGCGCGGCGCCCGUGGUGGCGGUGGCGACCUUGCGACGCGCACCAUCUCUAUCCCUGCGAAGUACUACCACGCGAUCGCGGAGCAGCCGAACCUGAUCCGCCAGAUCCGCGGCACGGGUGCGUUUGUGACGCUCCCGAAUGCGCCGCCCAAGCCGACGCACGCGCGCACCGACGACGCGGGCGCCAAGACGGCACGCAUCGACCAGGCCGAGGACGAGGCGUACGCGUGGGAGGUGCGCGACAACUACGCCGACGCGCCCGAGGGCGACCUCGACUGGGUCGUCCGCGCCAAGGAGGACGACUUGGAGCGCGCCGCGGCGGUGCUUGAGCGCGCGCUGGCUGCCGCCCAGGCUGCCACACACGUCGGCCUCCUCACCGGCCUUCCCCGUUCCGCGUUCCCACGCAUCAUUGGCGCAAAGGGCGCGACCAUCUCGCGCCUGCGUUCCGACACGGGCGCGGACAUCACCGUCGGCAAGGACGACGACCUCAUCACCAUUACGGGCGACGCUGAGAGCGUCGAGCAGGCGCGCGACGCGAUCCUCGAGAUUGUCAACCGUCCUGGCCGCUACUAAUAACGAAAAGUCAACAUCUAGCAUGAAAUGAGCAAUGCAUCGGCAUGAGCAGAGAAGGGCACAUGGACGGCGCUUGAAUACGACUGACAAUAUCGAUCUCUGCUGUAGCGGGUGCCAAUAUUGUUCGAGGAAGCAUUACUGAUACAUCCAGUCAUUUAGGCCAUGACUGCGGUGGGUGUGUCAACGAGUGUGUGGUACAGGAAGAGAGGUCUAGUGCGAUGUCUAUUGAUAGUUGUACUGUGACAAGGAGAGUGAGCCAUAACAGUCUA